GGCGGGGCAGCCAGGCUUACUCUUCCAUUUGGAACCUGUGCUGGCAACAGCUGGCACGGGGCUGGAGGCAGGUUUAGUCCGGUUGCUAUGGGUGUAAGAAAAAGAGGAAAACCAUCUCAGUGGAAACUGCCCUGCGGUUGGCUCAGGCGCCCACGACACUGUAUUUAUAGAGAGCUCCCAGCAACUCGGAAUUCUUCGGUGUCGAGUUAACCCUUUCCGAGCCGCGGUGCCGGCCUGGUGUCAAAGGGGCGAAAUUCAGGACUGAGAUAGGACAGCUGGAUUGCAGCAGGGCUUGGAGCCAGCAGGGUGGGAGUGGUCAAUGGCCAGUCACCUGUCCUUUCUCACCGAAAAAGAAACUUCGGCUGUUGCAAGUGCGAGGAUCCGUGUAGGGGGAAGGGCAGCGGGUAGCCCAACACCCUCUCGUCGGAGUACCGGGUCUUCCCCCACCGGGGUCGAGCUAGGGUCCGGGUCGGGGGCGGGUCCAGGCCCUCGGCCCUGCCCAGCAGGCGGGCUCAGGCCUCGUCCUCGGAUCUCCGCCGCGGGGCCAAUCCAGCGUCUGGGGCGCACCCGGUGGCCUUUCCGGACCCGCAGCUUCCUCCGGCCGUCCCUCCCCUCGCACUCCCGCCCCCGGCCCCAGUCUGGCCGGGCUUCGCGGCGGCGGUGGCGGCGACUGGGCUGCGCCCCGCUGCGUCCCCGAGUCCCGGGAGUCGGCGCGGCGCGAACCCUCUGUGGCUCUCUACCCUUUAGGGUAGAGUGGACUUUUCAAGCUGAACCCUGCGUCUGUCUAAAGCCUGCUCUUCUACUCUCCCAUCAGCCAGAGUGACCUGAGGACAGCCUGGACCCCAAGCUCAUCAGCCUUGCCUGGCCUCUUCCUGCUUAGAUUUGGGUGGCCCUGAGGAAUUAGGAGGACAGAGGACCCUCUUUCUCCUCCACAGGCAGGAACAGCCACCUGCCACGGAGAGCCCAGCUGUCAGCUGCCCCAGAGGAAGAUGCUGCGAGGAUGGGGCGUCCCCAGUGUGGGUGUGUGUGUGCACGCAGCUCUGGGAGUACUCUGCCUCUGCCUUACAGGAGCUGUGGAGGUCCAGGUCUCUGAAGACCCUGUGGUGGCCUUGGUGGACACCGAUGCCACCCUACGCUGCUCCUUUUCCCCAGAGCCUGGCUUCAGUCUGGCGCAGCUCAACCUCAUCUGGCAGUUGACAGACACCAAACAGCUGAUUCACAGCUUCACCGAGGGGCGGGACCAAGGCAGCGCCUAUGCCAACCGCACAGCACUCUUCCCUGACUUGUUGGUGCAGGGCAACGCGUCCUUGAGGCUACAGCGUGUCCGAGUAACCGAUGAGGGCAGCUACACCUGCUUUGUGAGCAUCCGGGACUUUGACAGCGCUGCUGUUAGCCUGCAGGUGGCCGCCCCCUACUCGAAGCCCAGCAUGACCCUGGAACCCAACAAGGACCUGCGCCCAGGGGACAUGGUGAACAUCACGUGCUCCAGUUACCAGGGCUACCCCGAGGCCGAGGUGUUCUGGAAGGACGGACAGGGGUUGCCCUUGACCAGCAAUGUGACAACAUCCCAGAUGGCCAACGAGCGGGGCUUGUUUGACGUUCACAGCAUGCUGAGGGUGGUGCUGGGUGCUAAUGGCACCUACAGCUGCCUGGUGCGCAACCCAGUGUUGCAGCAAGAUGCUCACGGCUCCGUCACCAUCACAGGGCAGCCUGUGACAUUCCCCCCUGAGGCUCUGUGGGUGACCGUGGGGCUCUCUGUCUGUCUUGUGGUACUGCUGGUGGCCCUGGCCUUUGUGUGCUGGAGAAAGAUCAAGCAGAGCUGCGAGGAGGAGAAUGCAGGGGCUGAGGACCAGGAUGGGGAUGGAGAAGGAUCCAAGACAGCUCUGAGGCCUCUGAAACACUCUGAAAACAAAGAAGAUGAUGGACAAGAAAUAGCCUGACGGGGAGAUGUUGCCUUCCCAGGUCGGGGCCCCGCCUGUGGCUGUGUUGAGCCUCAAUGUGAGCCCUGCCCCCAGUGAAAGGGCUCGGCUCUGCAGGUCCACCUGUUCAUCAAAGGAUGUGGUGUGUAGGCCACCUACAGCCUUAUUUCUCUGAUGGACUUAAUUCCCGUCAUCCUGAAGCCUUACUUCUCCAGUGACACGAUACACGAACCAUUCUGCGGCCUUCUUUCUUACGGACACAACACACAGACCGUUCUGCCUCCGUGUUCCUCCAGUCAUCCAGUGGCCUUAUUUCUCCAGAGAUGCCACACACGAACCUGCCUUCGGCCUCACGUCUUACAGACACACGCACACCACCCGCACCUCCUUGCUCCUCCAAAGCCAGGUGGACCGUGUGACUGCUGUUAUGCUCCGAGGCACAGGCCGUUCAGACGAACCCCUGCCUUACUUUUCUGAAGACAGCCGCACAGUUACUUCUUGGUCGUUUCUCCCGUGGCCCUGGCCUAUCUUAGUUACCGUCCCUCGACCUCUGUUCUGACUGCCGAGGAUCCCAUCUCCUCAGCAUCUCCCAGGUCUUCAUCCUGACUCUCUUGCCCAGCUCUGACCCUGGCUUUGGUUGUCCCCCUCCCUAGCUAGGUGAGAGGGGGACUUGCUCCUCAUCUACACACACAGGUACCAGCAUACCUGCAGCUGUGCGUGCUGGAAUGCGUGCAGACCUGCCUUGCGAGGUCUCCUUUGGCUGCCCUGGGGUGUGUCCAUUCUCCCCACAGGAAGCAGGUGCUGGUCCCCCUGCUUCUCAGGGCCCUCAGGGCAUCAGCCUUCAACCCUAUGCUUUUCCAUGUUUGCAAUCUUUGUUACUUUUGCUUUCUUAGUAAAUUAACAAUCACUUGAGCAACCACGGGGGUCAUCACUGCUGGACGCCAGGGUCCUGCAGGAAAAUCGGAGGCUCUUCCCUCUAGACCUCGCCCCAACUUGGAAAUGGGUUUGCUCUCUACUGUACCCAUCUGUGCCCACAACUCCUGGAUACCUCACCCUCAGCCUACACUAUCCCUGACCCAGGGCCCAGGGAGGGGCAGAAACCUGGAGAAAGCCCAGCCCUUGCCAUACCUGGAGAGCUGGCUAUUUUCCAGUCUUUCUAGAUGUGGACUGGAAGGCAGGUGGCCACAGCUAGUCAGACCUGAGUUGGGGCAGCAGCCUGCGCCAUGCUGAGACCAUCUUAAUAGCUGGAGCCUGGGGAGGCUGCUCCCUACCACGGUGCUAUUUUGGAGCUGGGGCAUAUACCUGGUUUGUCUCUGGCAGCCCUGGCUUCUGGCAAAGCAGAACUGCUGAUGUCCCCCUGAAGGCAUGUCUCCAACCCUGGUACUGAAGAAAAUGAGGAAAAUUUAAACAGACUCUGGCCAGGUGUGGUGGUGCACACCUUUAAUCCCAGCACUCAGGAGGCAGAGGCAGGCAGAUCUGUGAGUUCGAGGUCAGCCUUGUCUACAGAGUGAGUUCUAAGACAACUAGGGCUACUCAGAGACUGUCUCAAAAAACUGUCUCAAAAAAACUAAACUAAAAUAAAAUAAAUACGGGAUUCUGUAAACUGGGUGUCUUUUGGGAGAAUUAAAUAUCUUUGUCUUCCCGUA